CGAUAGUUGCAGACAUGGAGAAGUGUGGGAUAUCGACGCCGCAUCGACGAGAAUGUGAAGGAGGGAUCCGACGACAAAAAACGACCUGCAGCAUCUCUCUCUGCCUACUCUUCCUCCUCGUCGAUCCUGCUUCCGUAUAUUCAUGGCAACCGCGCCUUUGUCCCACCAUGAAAGCAAAGGGAGCCAGAAAACAACAUUUGGAGCCUUCGCAAAGCGCUCCAAGGGAAGCCUUCAGACACAGAGGAGGCGCUCUCCUUCAACAAGCUGCCGCCGUUUCGAGUGUCCUCUUCUCUUUGUCCUCCUCGGUAUUUCUACCUCCUGCACCCGCGUUAGCAGCUGAUGACAAGAUCGUUGCGAUUGAGGAGGCGAGAGCCAAACUGGAGGCGGAGUUGAAAGAAGAAAAGAAUAUUCAGCGGUUAGAGACGGCAAUCGAGAAUGCUGACUGGGAGACACUAAAACAGACCUCGAGGCAAUUUGACGCCUACUUGCGAGGAGACUUGAUGGGGACGGCCCGGAAGGGUCUGGUGGACAAGAAGUCCGCGAACUCGAUCCGGGAAGCGACCAUGUACAGCCUCAUCAAGGUAAACAAAGGCGCCCGUGCCUCCGACGUGACACAAGCUGUAGAGGGUGUGAGAGAACUGCGGAGCAACCUCCAGGCUUUUAUGAGCCUGGAGUGGGAAAAGCCACAGCAAGAGUAAUAAUAAGAGCAAUCAGAGUAAGAUGGAACGCUAAAGAAAGUGAAAUGAGAAAUGGCA